CCUAAAACCCUAAAAACGAUUAACGCCUAAUAGGGUUUCUUCGGCCAUUUCCUUAUUUAUCAGCAAUUCCUUAAACCCUAACAAAAGCAAAGCUUUUCUCCUAUCAGAGGUUUCAAUGGCUGCCAACAUCCCAGCUGGAAUAGACAAAGAGCAGGCCUUUGGCAUGGCAGAAACAGAGAUGGAAUAUAGGGUAGAACUCUUCAACAGGCUUGCACAAACUUGUUUCAACAAGUGCGUUGACAAAAGGUACAAGGAGGCUGAGCUAAACAUGGGGGAAAACAGUUGCAUUGAUCGCUGUGUUUCGAAGUAUUGGCAGGUGAAUAGCAUGAUCGGCCAGAUGCUCAGUGCUGGUGGACAGCCUCCAAUGUAAAACACCGUCAUCUUCAUAAUUCUGUUUAUGACUAAAGCAUGGCUAGCCCUGCAAUUGACAUUAGCAAUUUAUCUGUACUUGUAGCUGCAAAUCAAGAGUUCUUGCUUCAUCCAUAAAACAACCAUUGCUUUUUGAGAAAUAACACAUGCUUGCUUGUUAAAUGCAAAUAAUCUUGAUUACAUCACACUAAUCUUUGAUCAAUCAUUAAACAAUGCAAAAGGGUGCCAUAAGACACGAAGAUACGAGGGAUAUUUGAAAGUGAAUGGGG